CCGUCCAGCCCGCCUGCGCGCAGGUGAGAGAGCCCAGGAGGGGCGGAGCGCAGCGCUGCCGGUGCCAAGCUCCGGCGCCCGCGGCACCACCUCGAACCCCGGGCCACAGUCGCUUUCCCCGCCGCGGCCGAGGCGCCCCGGAGCCAUGGCCAGCCAGAGCUGCGGGGUCACACUCACACUGCUGGGGGUCCUGCUGCUGGGAGCGGCGCGCCCGCCGGGUGGAGCGGAAGCUUUUGUGCUCGGUCUGCCCCGUACAACCAACAUCACAAUCCUUAUAAAGCGGGGGCUCCUACCUCUGGGAGCGAACCCCUGUCACCUGCUCGUGUCUGGAAAACUCUCGACCACGCUGCUCAUCAAACCCGGAGACAGAAAGGAGUUUCGCUUUACCUGCCAUAAUCCAGAGGCUCACUUUGUCAUUGAUGUCGAGAGGAACAUUGACUGCACAUCACACCCAUGUCCUUUCGGGGAGUUCGAGCUGCAGCCCGUAAUAUCGCUGUUGCCCCACCUCAACCGAACUUUCAUCUGGGACAUCCAAGCUGGCAAGAGCACCAGUCUGGAGCUGGUGUUCUCCAGGCCUCGCCUCAGGCAGAUCGGGCGAGGGGAGAGCUGCCCAGACGGAGUCACUUACAACAUCAACGGCCACAUCGGUGCCACCGAGGUCCGGAUCGGAACCUUCUGCAGCACCGGCACCGUGUCCCGGAUCAAGAUGCAGGAGAGCGUCAAGAUAACGUUACACCUGCCGUGGUUCGACAAGAGAAGCCACUCCGGCUUCAGCAUGUCGAGCCAGUCAUCCAUAAAACGACUGUGCUUCAUCGAAUCUGUAUUUGAGGGUGAAGGCUCAGCAACCCUGAUGUCUGCCAACUACCCGUUCAGCUUCCCCGAGGACGAGCUCAUGACGUGGCAGUUUGUCAUCCCUGCGCACCUGCGGGCCAGCGUCUCCUUCCUCCAGUUCAAUAACUCCAACUGCGCGAAGAAGGAGGAGCGGGUUGAGUACUACAUCCCGGGCUCCACCACCAACCCCGAGGUGUUCAGGCUGGCGGACAAGCAGCCUGGGAACAUGGCUGGGAACUUCAACCUCUCUCUGCAAGGAUGUGACCAAGAUGCCCAAAAUCCGGGGAUCCUCCGGCUGAAGUUUCAAGUUUUGGUCCAGUGUCCACACAAUGAAAGCAAUAUAACCUACGAGGUUGACUUGAGUAAGGAGCAAGCCAUGUCGGUCACCAUCGAGCCGAGGCCCGUGAAGCUGAGCCGCCGCUUCGUCCCCGGCUGCUUUGUGUGCCUGGAGUCUCGGACCUGCAGCACCAACCUCACCCUGGCCCAUGGCUCCAAGCACAGGAUCUCGUUCCUCUGCGACGACCUGACGCGCCUGUGGAUGAACGUCGAGAAAACCAUAAGCUGCACGAACCACCAAUACUGCCACAGGAGGUCCUACUCCCUCGAGGUGCCCAGGGACAUCCUCCAGCUGCCCGUGCAGCUGCACGACUUCUCCUGGAAGCUGCUGGGUCCCAAGGACAGGCUCAGCCUGGCACUGGUGCCGGCCCAGAAGCUGCAGCAGCACACGCAGGAGCGGUUCUGCAACAGCAGCUUCAGCUACCUGGUGGCCGGCACUGGCCCGGGCCAGGACCUCUACUUCGGCUCCUUCUGCGCCGGAGGCUCCAUCGAGCAGAUCCAGGUGAAGCAGAACGUCUUGGUGACCCUGCGCACCUUCGCCCCCAGCUUCCAGCAGGACCUCUCCAGGCAGGCCCUGACCGUGACCUUCAUACCCUCCUUCAAAGAGGAAGGUAUUUUCACGGUGACCCCGGAUAUGAAAAGCAAGGUCUACCUGAUGACCCCUAACUGGGAGCGGGGCCUGCCGUCCCUGUCCUCGGUGUCCUGGAACAUCAGCGUGCCCAGCGACCAGGUGGCCUACCUGACCUUCCUGAAGGAGCGGACCGGCCUGGUGUGCCAGACGGGGCGCGCGUUCAUGAUCAUCCAGGAGCAGCGGACCAAGGCCGAGCAGUUCUUCAGCCUGGAGGAGGCGCUCCCCAAGUCCAGCUCCCACCAUCACAACUUCUGGGUCAACAUCUCCAACUGCAGCCCUGUGAGUGGCAAGAAGCUGGACCUGCUCUUCCAGGUGUCGCUUACCUGGAGAACGCUAGACAUGACUGUCAUCCUCAUUGCUGUGGUGGGAGGCGGCGCCUUGCUGCUGUUUGCCCUCGGACUCAUCAUUUGCCUUGUGAAAAAGAAUAGGAAAAAGAAGAUGAACAAGGGCCCAGCCAUAGGUAUCUAUAAUGGCAACAUCAAUACCCAGAUACCGAUGCAGCCAAAAAAGUUUCCGAACGUACAAAAGGACCAUGAUGCCCACGUGUACGCCGUCAUCGAUGACACCAUGGUGUACGGGCAUCUGCUGCAGGAUUCCAACGGGUCCUUCGUCCAGCCCGAGGUGGACACCUACCGGCCCUUCCAGGGCCCCACAGAGGACUGCCCUCCCUCCUUCCUCCUCCCAUAUUCCAAGGUCCCAACUAUAAAGUUGACCACAAAGGAGUCAUCCCCUGACUUCAAUCCUGAGUCUGACAGUGAACCGUACACCUUCUCCCAUCCCAGCAAGCAGAACGGAAGUGACGGGAACACAGACAUUCCCUUGCUGGAUGCCCACGAGCCAGCGGAGACUGGGGAGUAACUUGGACCCAUCCCAAAGACUUUGCAUAAAGCUGGGCGCUCACGAGAAAUCCCAAAGAAGAGGAAUUGUAUGGAAGGAACAGCCGCAGGUUUUCCUGGACACCACCAACUUCUGAUUUCCAAGUGGACUCAUUCCGACGAUGAAGAUGUUGAAGAUGAUGAAUUCUGGUCUGGAUACAGUCAUCGUGGCUCAUGUCCUUCUAAACUCAGGUUGCGUUAGAAACCAGCCCGUAAUGAGAGAGAAGUGUGAGCCACCCCGGGACAGGGUUGCAACAAGCCCCGGAUUGGGGUUUGGACCUCUUUGUGAGGCGGGUGGAGGGAAGCGGGGAAGGGGGGCAUUCUUCUGC